AUGGAGAGUCUUCAAGCAAGACUAGAGCAUCUCUCUGCUGCUGGGAAGAGAACCCGUGUCUUCUGUGAAGAAUUUCUGUUCCCAAAGGUGCUCAGCACUGCAGCAGACCUAUGGUCAAUUUACUCCAAGCCUGUCCCAGCAAACAGCAGAGAGCUGUGGACCUUGUUUCUGCAGUGUUCCUGCAUCACAGCGGUGAUAGGAGGCCUCUUUUACAACUGGAUGUUGGCUUCCCUGGAGUACUCCUGGCAUCUCUCCAUUGCCAUGGCCGUGUCCUUCAGCCUGCUCCUUCUCCUGACCCUUUUCUUGGUGCACCCUGCCCGUUGUGUCUUCAGUAUGGUCAUGCCGACAUUAGGUACCAAACAAGGCCGGAAGCUUCUCUUGUCAACCUGCAUCAUGAUAGUCGUGGUUAACGUGACACCCAACAUCAUAAGCAACAUUAAAAUCAUCCUGCAGGUUAUUAAGUGCAUCUGCAAGAAUUCCUCUGAGAGUCUUUUGAACUCAACUGUCCUGCUAAAGUCAGCUUCCUGGGAGUUUGGGAGUGCAGUCCAAGAAACUGCUCAUUCCAUUAAUAUUUAUAGGCCUAUGAAUGGACAUUUUAAGAUUUCGUUGCUUAAGAACAGCUCCUUGAUUUACCAGCAAAUGCACCUUGCUAGUGAGAAAAUUGGCAGGGACUUUUUGGCUGCUGAGGUACUGGUCAAAGACUCUGUACGAGUAGGCAACAAGCUGGUCGCUGGCUUCUCCAUGCUCUAUCUCUGUUUCGAGUCCACCUGGUAUUUGAAAAACUACCUCACCAACAUCCGCUUUGACAAUUUUUACCUCACUGAGAAGCUGGAGCGUUUAGCAGCCGACAGAAAAGCAGCUCAUCUGCUGGUGGACUCAUCCGAAAACCUAAUUCGACCAACAGGCUUGAAGCUGUCCCGGGAAGAAGUGAUGCAGUGCCUUGUGCAAGCCAUGCUCCUCACCGUGGCCCUGAUGCUGAUGCUGGUGGUGGUGGCGAUGGACCACUUUGCCUUUGGCCUGGCAGACACCGCGGUGAGAAAGGUGUCUCAGUUCUCCGUGGUGCCUGUCACUCUCAGCAUUGAAUACAGCGCUAAAAUAAGGAUCCUGCCCUUUAUUCUCAGACUUUUCGGGCUUCCUGAUGAAGAAUCACCACUUCAGGACUUUAAAAAAGACUACCUCCACAACCUGACCUUCAGCUCUUCUCACUGCAGCAUCAGCCCCCUGACACCUCCCAACCCCUCUGUGCUGCUCGUCGUGGGGCUGCUCUUCUGCAUCCUCUACGCCACCGUAUUCCUGCAAACCUACGCACGCCGCCUGUGCAGAAAAAUCGCAGGCUCCUUCUUUGAGAGCAGGGAGGAGAAGCGAGCGCUCUACCUCUACAAGAGGCUGUCCAGGAAGCGCAAGGAGGAGCAAAACUCUUUGAGAAACUAA